AUGCCCCGUGCGGUGUACACGACGCUGGUGGUGCUGCUCCUGCGGCCGGCCGCAGGGGUGGACGCGCAGCGCAUGCAGAGCUUGCAGCGCAUUAGGCAUACGUACGAUGCGGCGUACACGCGGUGGCUGCCGCACAUUACGCUCAUUCCCCCGUUUCAGAUAGAGAAAGAGGCCGAAGGGGAGGGCGUCCCUCCGUCCCUCGCACAGACCCUGGACGGGGUCAGCACCGACGCGCAAAAAGCGUGCGACCGCGCGGCAGCGCAUACACUACGCCUCGCAGAGAUCGGAACGUUUCGGCUGCGGCGGUACGAAAACGUGCACUUGCGGCCCGACGCAGCGACCGCGUCGCCGCUCAUGGCCCUCCAGCGCGACCUGCAGAAAGAGGUCGCGCCGCAUAUUCCCAAAGGCAAGCGGCGCCGCGAAAAGUUUGUGCCGCACGCAUCACUCGGCCAGGCGUACGCCGCGGAUGACAAGCAGGAAAUCAUCUUCGAGGCGACGCGCGACCUCGGCCUCGACCGCCCCGAGCCUGGCCUUGUUGUCCAGGCCGACCGUAUCCAGGUGAUGGGCGUAUAA